CUGGACCCGGAUUCCCGACACACACUCCCCGCAGGCGGCUGGGGUGGGGGCAGAAUCCCUCUGGCCAGAUCCGCCCCCUUUGGGCCAUGUUCUGCCCCGGGGGGAGCGCAGCAAUGCGGAUCCAGGAGCUGGUGCCACCAGAGGGCUCUGGUUAUUGCGGAGGGACGGGAGGCUGCUCUGGCUUAUGCCUUUGCUCUCUUCCUCUGUAUUUGCUGCUGCUUCUCCUUCGCUCAGGAUAUCAGGGGGCUGAGCUUCCUGGGUCAGACGCUGAGUGCCAGCAGCUGCGUCCAUAGUGACCCAAGAGCCAGGACUGAGCAGCUGCUGCGCCAGGGAAAGACCUUCAGCAAAGCGCCCUCUGCGCCCAGCCCAGAUUGGGACUCUCUCCGGUGGCUGGGACCUGCCCCGGGCUCUGCCCACACCAGCUCCUGAGCCGGAGCCUGCAGAAUUUCGAAAUUUCCGGUGUUCGUGCCAACUCCGAACGCAGGUCCGUUUAGAAAUCAUGAAACCCUCUGUGACGUGGAACCUCCGUACUCUGCACAGCUGUGCUCGCUUACAUGGGUCGGCGACCGGUGGAGGAGGCAGGAGCCGUGUCUCACCAUGGAGCAGUACGUGCUGCUGGAUCCCCGGCAGAGGGCCCUGUACAGGGAUGUCAUGCAGGAGAGCUACGAAACCCUGAUGGCCCUUGAAUUUCCAAUUUCCAAGCCUGACCUGCUCUCCCGGCUGGACCGAGGGGAUGAGCCGACAGCCCUGGAUCUUCACGUACCCAGAGGUGGCCGGGCAGCAGCAGACAGCACCGCCAGUGGGAAAGAAGAAGAGAAACCGCAGGAAGCGAGGCCAGAGGAGCCAGCCCCGGGAAAAGCCGACGGCGCUGGGAAGGCUCCCCAAAGCCCCGAGGCAGGGGAGAAGCCGCCGGCUAACAGCGGGGAGAGCCCCAACACCUGCGCCGAGUGUGGCAAGACCUUCAGCCACAAGUCGGCGCUGGCCAAGCACCAGAAGAUCCACACGGGCGAGAGGCCCCAUGAAUGCCCCGACUGUGGCAAGACCUUCAUCCAGCGCUCGGACCUGACCAUCCACCGGCGGGUGCACACUGGGGAGCGCCCCUAUGCCUGCCCCGACUGCGGGCGCCGCUUCAGCGUCAGCUCCUCCCUGCUGACCCACCAGCGCACCCAUGCGCCGGGUGGAGAGAAGCCCAACCGCUGCCCGCAGUGCGGGAAGAGCUUCGCCGACCCCAACGCCCUGGCCCGGCACCAGAAGAGCCACCUGGGCGGCAAGCCGUAUGAGUGCGGCGUCUGCGGCAAGGCCUUCGCCUGGAGCUCCCACCUGGAGCGGCACCAGCGCAUCCACACGGGAGAGAAGCCCUUUCAGUGUGGGGAGUGCGGCCGGGCCUUCGCCUGGAGCUCCCAUCUGGACCGCCACAUGCGCACCCACGCGGCAGCUGCGGAGGAGGAGGAGGCUGAGGAGGAAGCCCCGCCCCCGCCGCAGAGAUGCGCUGACUGCGGUAAGCGCCUCAACCACCAGACGGACCCACAGCGCUUCAAGCACAAGGGGACGCAGACCCAGGACGGCGGCGGGCUGGGAGAGGGGCCCUGCCAGGUCGAGGAGAGUGGCCCCGAGCGGCCCCACCGCUGCCAACAGUGCGGCAAAUGCUUCAGCCAGAGCUCGAACCUGCUCAAGCACCAGCGCGUGCACACGGGCGAGCGGCCCUACGCCUGCCCGGACUGCGGGCGCCGCUUCCGCUGGGGAUCAGCCCUGGCCAAACACCGGCGCACCCACACCCGGGAAAGGCCCGCCGAGGACCCGGCGCCGGCCCCUGACACCGGCGCUGCCGGCAAGCCGUACCCGUGUGGGGCCUGCGGGAAGAGCUUCGGCUGGAUCUCGCACCUGGAGCGUCACCGGCGCAUCCACACGGGAGAAAAGCCCUACCGGUGCGGGGAGUGCGGGCGGGCCUUCGCCGUCAGCUCCCACCUGGAGCGGCACCGGCGCAUCCACACUGGUGAGCGGCCCUACCGCUGUGGCGACUGUGGCAAGAGCUUUGCCGUCAGCUCCACCCUGCUGGCUCACCGGCGCACCCACGCCACCCGGGAGGGGAGGCCUCACCAGUGCCCUGACUGUGGCAAAGGUUUCACUGCUGCCGCAGCCCUGGAGCGGCACCGCCGGCUGCACCGGGGUGAGAAGCCUUACCAGUGCAGUGUCUGUGGCAAAGGCUUCGCCUGGAGCUCGCACUACGACCGGCACCGGCUCACCCACACCGGAGAAAAGCCCUUCCCCUGCGCCCACUGUGGAAAGCGCUUUGGCCGCAGCUCCCACCGCAACCGGCACCAGCGGGCCCACGCCCAGGCUGGCGCGGAGAAACGGCAUGUCUGUCCUGACUGCGGUAAAGCCUUCAGCCUCAGCGCGGCCCUGGCGGCCCACCAGAGACUCCACACCGCUGGCACCGACAGCCCGCUCUCCCUGCUGCCGCCCGCCUGGUGGGAGGCCGAGAGGAGGACCGGGACGACCACGCCACCGCCCGAGGCCUGGGCUGAGGAUCCGGCCACCCGCUUCCAAUGCCCUGUCCCCUCCGCUUCUCCGACUGCUUCCCCCCGGGCCUGGGCGACCAAGUCUCUCUCAGCUCCCGGCGCAUGGAGGCCAGGGGAACGGGAGGCCAGUGCUGCUGCCCCUCUGGAGAGCUGGGCCCAGCAACCUCCUCCCAGCUCCUAACAUGGCUAAGCAGGGUGUGUAGGGGGAGGGGGAACCCCUGUCUUUGGAGAGAGCCAGAAACACCCUCUGCCCUGGAUGGGGCUGGUUGGGGGACUGGCAUGUUCUCCCCCCCAGCCAGGGGAUUCUCUGCGGGUGAAGGGGGGGUGGAAGUUUGCCCCCUCACACCGGCAGCAUGAUUCACUGCUGAUGCAGAAAAAUGGCCCUUGAGCCGCCUGGUAGCUGAGACCCUCUUCUCCCCCCGCCCCCCAGAAUGCCAUAGGGCCAGGGGGUUCCCCCCACCCACCCCAUACCCAGGCGGAAAUGAGAGCUAGAAGGGAAGGGGGUGGAGGGCUGGGUCUGGGAUAGGGACUAGAUAUGGGGGGAGGUGGGGUGGACAUCAAGCAGGGGGGGAUGAGAGUUUGGGGACUGGGGGUGUAGGAACCAGAGGGGGCAGCAGACAUUGGGUGGAGGGAGGGUGGGAAGCAGAGCAAGGUGGGGGGCUGAGUGUUUAGGGUUCAGAGGGUUGGAUGGGAAGCAGACGGAGCUUGCAGCUUAUGGGUGUGCUGGGAGCAGGGGGGUAUCUAGCAUCGUGGGGUAGAGAUGGGAUUACGGAGGUGCCGCCCACCGAUACGACUUUUUCCACCUGCUCCACUCUGUUUGCUUCUGUGCUGUUGCCGGCUCAGAAAGAAAUGGGGGAGACCUCAGAGCAGACAGGCGUGGGGGAUGUGGGGCAGAGGUUGGGAGAGAGAGAGUGGCAGGGCCGGGGGAUCUGUCCCUGGAGCAAAGGAAUGGCUUUGGAGCAGCACACGGUUCACCAGUGGGACUCCCUGCUGCUGGAGACACCUGGAGAAAUAAGCGCAGUGAAGGGCCUCUGUGGCUGGGAAUCUGCCUUGUUAUAGGCAGAUCAGGGAUCCCCAGGAGAAAGGAGGGGCCAGUGACCCAAUGCCUGACAAAGGUGUGAAAUUUGGCCCUAGAGCCACAGAUGCACAAGUCCCGCUCCAUGGGUCCUGACCCUCUUUCAGGAUGUGAAAGGCAAGGCUCAGGACUCUGCCUUGCUCUCUGCUCCAGGGGGAUGAAUUCACCCAGGACCAUGCAGCGCAGCAGCUGGUUUCCAUGGGCCCUCCCCUUUGUGGGAGGCCUAGAACAGCCUUUGUGGACCCAGGGAAUCCGAUGUCAAUAGCAUUAGCUUUGGGGUGUCAUAUUUAUAUGAUCCCCGCCUUUGUGUUAGCCUGGGAGGGGUCACAUUUAUACAGUUCCCCCUCCGUUCCGUUAGCUUCAGGGUGUCAUGUCUAUACUGUCCUUCCUUUCCGGAGCCUCCGAGCAUUUCAUUCAUACUGCUCCCGUCAGAUUCGGCGUGACACAUCCCAUGCUAGACAAAGGUUGGUUAGAAAGGCUGAGCUAGUAUAUUUUCUACGUUGGCUGCACUAACGCUGGGUCUGACUGUGCUUCCCUGGGUGGGUGUCAAUGGAAAAAUCCUCUCUGGCCUUUUGGGGCCAGUUGGUUAAGUAGCGAUGCUCACAGCUAGAGACGGAGACAGACCGAACUGGGGAAGGAAGUUACUGCCUGAGCUCUGCAGUGAUGUCACACAGUCAGGAGGGAGUGAAGGUCAAAGAUAAGGGCGCUGGGAAACGACAGCGUUUGCUCUUGAGAGCCAGCCAGCUGAGAACCGUGAACUUGCUGCACCGGGACAGACAGGAAAUGUCCUGUGAGUAUCAGGGAAAGCUGCCCUGAAUCCUAAAGGGCUACGCAUGACACCCCAAGAGGAGGGAACAGUGUGGGAAAGGGGUGUCUGCCGGUUCCUGAGAGGAAGAGGCUGGUCAGAAAAGAAAGCUGGGGAAGUCAACAGGCCAGGCCGGCCCUGAAACCAGACCAGGCUGAGUCCAUCGGUGAGGAGGCCACAAGGAGUCGGGAACCCUGACAGCUCAGCUGCCGGAAUCCACCUCCUUCCUGGGAGCGCGGCUGCUGACAGACAAGGGGCUAACACUACAUCUCCUAGUUACCACAGCAGGUGACUCCUUGGACCCGGGUUCUCCCGGCCGCAUCAUUGGCUUUUGUCACUCGCUCGAGCGGUUUGUCUCAGGGAAGAGCCUGAAAGGCUGGUUUAUUGUUGGGGGAGGUGGGUACUGGGACAGAGAUGGGUUGGGAAUGGCACAGGGGUGUAGUUGGGCUGCGGGCACGGAGGUGGGACGAGGGUUUAACUUUUGACUUCCUUGCUUUGGAUUAGAGGGUAAUAAAGUAGAACGUAGUUUAGCAAAA